AAAUCACAAUUUCAAAAUCAAUCGAGUUGAAUCAAUUUCAGAAUGAAGAUCACAGCUGCUUUGGUUCUGCUUUGGGCGUUGGUUUCGAUGGCCACCGGUGGACCGGUUGCUGAUGUUGAAACUUGCGGAAAGAACGAACUUUACAACGCAUGUGGAAGUGCAUGUCCUGCGACAUGUGAACCCAACCAGGCCAUUGUGACCUGCCCACCGGUAUGCGUCAGAGGAUGUUUCUGUCUGCCUGGAUUUGUACGUGAUGCCAACUACAACUGUAUUGAACUUGCCGACUGUCCAAAUGUGGUGAAUGUGUGAUGAGGUUAACGUUAUCAUCCAGGGGGGUUUGGCAAUUCAAUGAUUACUUUUUUCAUGUAAGAUCGAUGUUUAGUAGUUUUCCAUACAGCUUUUUUGUUAUGAACUUUAU